AAAAUACUAGAAGUCUGAUUCUGGAAUGGCAACGUUAUUACCCCCACGUGGUACCACUGCAGUGCUCUGAUUGGCUCUUGCAUUUGGUCUUCGCGUCACUUUAGCAAACUUCCCGGUUCCUCUCCCGAGUCCCCGACACGCGCUCCAUUCUCUGCCAUCUCUAAUUUGUAAGCCACGGGUUUAUUUUCAGACGUUUAAAACGCUGUCGGGCGUUUUCGUCUUUGUCUUUUGUUUCAUUCUCAAGGACCACACGUUUUGCAAGAACGCUAUGGCCGCUGCACAAGAGUUGAAACUUGGCCAGAAACUGAACGAGGGAAAGACGAAGGAAAUUUAUUCGCUUGUGGAUCAGCCCGGUCUAGUUCUGGUGCAAUCCAAAAACCAGAUCACUGCUGGAAAUGCGGUUCGGAAAGACCAGAUGGAGGGCAAGGCCGCUAUCGCUAACAGAACCACCAGCUGCGUAUUCAAGCUGCUGCAGGAGGCAGGAAUCAAGACGGCAUUUGUGGAGCAGCACUCGGACACAGCGUUCAUCGCGGUCCACUGUGAGAUGAUCCCCAUCGAGUGGGUCUGUCGAAGGGUGGCCACCGGGUCCUUUCUCAAGAGAAAUCCUGGUGUCAAGGAAGGAUAUCGCUUCUCUCCACUGAAGCUGGAGAUGUUCUUCAAAGAUGAUGCCGACAAUGACCCCCAAUGGUCGGAGGAGCAACUGCUGGUGGCCAAUUUCUCUCUGGCUGGGCUCGCCAUCAGCCAGUGUGAGGUGGACAUCAUGAACCGCAGCACCGUGGCCAUCUUUGAGAUCCUGGAGAGGGCCUGGGCCACCCAAAACUGCACUUUGGUUGACAUGAAGAUCGAGUUUGGUGUCAACGUCACCACCAAAGAGGUUGUCCUCGCAGACGUGGUUGACAAUGAUUCCUGGAGGCUGUGGCCGGCAGGAGACCGGUGCCAGCAGAAGGACAAGCAGGUGUACCGUGAUCUUAAAGAGGUCACACCUGAAGCUAUGCAGGUGGUUAAGAGGAACUUUGAGUGGGUCUCUGAAAAGGUCAAGCUGCUUCUGGAGAACCCAGCGUCGGGCAGGGUGGUGGUGUUGAUGGGCUCCACCUCUGACAUGGUUCACUGCGACAAGAUCCGCAAGGCCUGCGGAUCCUAUGGAGUGCCCUGUGUCCUCAGGGUCACCUCGGCACACAAGGGCCCUGAUGAGACCCUGCGCAUAAAAGCAGAGUAUGAAGGUGAUGGCGUUCCUACUGUUUUUGUGGCUGUGGCGGGAAGGAGCAACGGCCUUGGCCCGGUGAUUUCGGGGAACACGGCCUAUCCUGUAAUCAACUGUCCACCAAUCACCGCUGACUGGGGGGCGCAGGAUGUGUGGUCAUCCCUGCGCAUGCCAAGUGGUCUCGGCUGCUCCACUGUGCUGUCUCCAGACGCUGCAGCCCAGUUCGCCGCCCAGAUCUUCGGACUCGGCAAUCACCUGGUGUGGUCCAAGCUGAGAGCCUCCAUGCUAAAUACCUGGGUGUCUCUCAAGAUCGCUGACAAGAAGUUGCAGUCCUGCAGCCUUUAAGCCAGUUGCUUUGCCCAUUCCAGACCUUUUUUUUUCCCCACAUCUAAUGAGUUAUAUUUGUGUUGUCUUGGUUCUUCCUGUCCAACUACUGUGCUUAAACCUGAAACAUUCAUUAAACCUCAUAUAUGUGGCUGUA